AUGUCGGGAGAGUGGAGUUCAUUCACUCCACUGGAUGUGACAGUGCAGAAUGGUUUGUGUGCACUGAUACCGUGUAACUACUGGUACCCGUCGUAUCUAAACAAUAAACCACGGAUUGGAAUCUGGUUUAACAGUGAGGCGAGCAACGACAACAAUGUAGCCUUACACUCCAAGGAUUCCAGCAAAGAAUCAACAAAGUUUCGCCAUCGGACCCGGCUGUCAGGAGAUCUGGGAGACAACAACUGUUCCCUGGUUAUAGACAACGUCACGCAGCAAGAUGCAGGUCCUUAUAUUUUCAGAGUUGAAUUUGGAAGGGGAGAUGGUUUCAACUACUACCCUGUAACACAGCUCCAUAUUACUGCGCUCAAACAUCACGGACAAACCCUCACCUGUAGAGUCAGAUACCCAACUGUCUCAUCCGAGCAGAUCCUCACACUGAAUGUACAAUACGCCCCCCAGAAUCUCUCAAUCACUUCCCCCGACAACGUGAACAAUUCCUGGGUCAGUGUAAACGAAGGAAACUCUGCAGCGAUCCUCUGCUCCGUCCACAGUUUCCCAACAUCUAACCUGACGUGGAGACAUCUCGGUGUCACGCUGAACACAACACGUUCCAGCAACGAGCUGUGGAUGGAGUUCCCUCAGCUGACACGGCAGGACGCUGGGGUCUAUCAGUGUGUGGCGGAGAAUGAACACGGGACAGCAGAGAGGGAUGUGACCGUCACUGUAGAAUAUGCUCCGUGGAAUCUCUCAAUCACUUUCCCCGACAACGUGAGCAUUUCCCGGUAUCAGUGUGUGGCGGAGAAUGAACACGGGACAGCAGAGAGGGAUGUGACCCUCACUGUAGAAUGUGAGUAGAUACACACUG